AGGAGAGAGGGGAGUGGGAAAGGGAGGAGAAAGGAGGAGCGAGUGCAGGACCUUCAGCGGCAGACAGAUAGUGAUAGCUAUAGCGACAGGGAUGGGGGGGGACGGGGAGGAGGGAGGAGGAGAGGGGGGGGCAGGAGGAGUGCCAGCAGCAGCGAACGGGAGAGAGGCGGAGGAGGCAAGGGAACGAGGAGAAGCAGGGGAGGCAGGGGGAGCAGGGGUAGCAGGACACCUAGCUCCAGGAGCAGCAGCAGUAGGUCAUGGCGAAAAGGUAGCUCCAGGGAGAGAGAUAGAGAGGGGAGGAAGGGCAAGGGUAGGAGAGCGCGGAAAGAGGAGGAGAGAAGGAGACGCUUGGAGCGAGGUGCGGUGGGGAGUGACAGAGACAGCCUUACUGCGAGUACGAGUGAGGUGAGUGAGGUGGAGGGGAGGGAUGUGCAGCGGCCUAAGAGGAGGGGGGGAGGAAGAGCCGUCGGAGUUAUCAUAGGGUGAGUGGCAAGAACAGGAGUCAGAGCAGGUCCCGGAGCAGAUCCCGAAGCAGAUCCCGAAGCAGAACCAGAAGCAGGUCUGGAAGCAGGUCCUACACCAGUCGCUCCCGAAGCAGAAGCCGAUCCCAAAGCGAGUCUGGGAACAACAGCGCCCAUAGCAGAUCCCGAAGCGAAUCCCGAAGCAGCUCUCCAAGCAGCUCCCGCAGCCCUUCGCCAGCGGAGAAACUCUCGAACCGCGCGCGGGCAGGCCAAGACGCCGAAGAGACUCUAGCGGCAGUCCGUCCGAGCGCAGUGUCAGCCGCAGCCAGAGCGGUAGUCGAAGCCGCAGCCGCAGCACUAGCCUCAGCCGAGGCAGGAGUGGGAGCAGAAGCAGAAGCAGGAGCAGGAGCCUGAGCCCGAGCAGUGGAAGCGACGAUGGGUAUAGAAGUAGUGGGAUGGACAGCAGGAGCAGAAGCAGGAGCAGAAGCAGCAGUAGAAGCAGGAGGGGAAGGAGAAGCAGGGGCGGAAGUAGGAGCAGGAGCAGGAGCAGUAGCAGGGGGAGAAGUGGAGACAGCAGCAGGAGCAGAGGCGGAAGCAGGAGCAGAAGCAGCAGUAGGAGCAGGAGCAGUGACUUGGAAAGAACAAGGAACAGCCAGAGGAACGAGAUUGAGGGUGGUAGCAAGGUCUGGGAGUUGCCAGAAGCGGAAGCAGGAGAGCCAAGGGAAAGCCAGGAGGGGAAGGGAGCGCAGGAAAAGCAGGUGGAUUCGAAGGUGAGAGAGAGGAGUGAGAAGGGCGGGGCAGGGAGAGUGGAGGGAGAGGAGAGAGGAAGCUGAGCAGCACAGGGUCGCGGACAGAGAGGAGGGAGGGGCGUGAGGGCAGAGAGGGGUGGAGGGAAGGGGGAGAGGAGGCUGCGUACAGAAGGGUCUCGAACAGAAAGGCGGGAUGGGCAUGAGCACACAGGGCACGAUGGCAAAGAGAGCAUGGAGGAGCGAGGGGAGCGGAAACUGCGGAGUGCUGGUUCUAGGAAGGAAAGGCGGGAGGGCGGUGAGGGUAAAGAGGACAUGGGGGAACGGGGGGAGAGGAGACUGCGCCCAGCAGGGUCAAGGAAAGAGAGGCGGGAGGGAGUUGAGGUAAAAGAGGGCAUGGGGGAGGAGGGGAGAGGAGGCUGCGUAGUGGCGGUUCUAGAAGGGAGCGACGGGAGGGGCAUGAGACGCGUGAGAGGGAGAAGGGGAGUGUGGAUGGAAGGCGGGUAGAGUAUGGAAGCCGGGGCAACGGUGGCUUUCCUGGUCCUUUAGAGGUCAGACCCCCUGCUGCUGUUGCCGCUGCUGUUGCUGCUGCUUCUGCUGCUGCUGCUGCUGCUGCUGCUGCUGCUGGUACUGCUGGUGCUGGUGCUGCUGGUGCUGUGGGUGGUAGUGGGGCCAAGUCUCACCAUCAUCAUCAUCAUCAUCAUCAUCAUCCUCCCCACGGCAGCAGCCAUUCCCACAGCCACAGCCACUCCCAUACCCAUGCACACACCAGUGGCCACAAGGGGAGGACAAAUAGCCGGCCAGGACCACAGCUAGGGGCCUCCCCAGCCUCUGCAGCUGCUGCAACCUCCAACACGCCAACCUAUGAAUGAGGCGAGGGAAGAUGUUCUUGGCAACAGAAGAUGGAGGAUGGAGGAUGGAGGUGGCGGAACAUAGGAUUGGAUUCAAGGCAGAGGUUGAAGGGUUGAGGAGAUUGUGCUUGCAUCCCCUUGAGGAGCAGAUGGGGUGGAUGUGAGGGAGAGAUGUUGCAAAGGCUGAAAAGAAGGCUGAAGGAUUGAAGGACCAGGGCACUGUGUGGCAAUGUGUGAGGAGUCUCUUAUUGAGGCGCCUCAAAAAUAGACUCCUCGUGAAGGAUUGAAGGACCAGGGCAAUGUGUGGCAAUGCGUGGACGUCUGGCAUUUUGCGGAGCGACUGGCAGACGGUUCACGCAGGCUUAGGAGUCAGGUGCAGCCAUCUGCCGAUUGUGUGUGCUCUGCAUUGCAGUUAGUGAGGGAUACAGGUGUUCAGUGUGUGCCGAUUGUGUGUGCGUGUGUGCGUGCGUGCUAGAAUCAGUGAGUG